CCUAAAACUAAUUCAUUCUUCCUCUCCAUCCCCCCUCCCCACAAAAAAACAGAUCCGCUACCCCAUCUUUUUCUCCCCUUCCCCUUUCCCUGCGUCCUCCCAUUUUUGGCCGGCGAGAACAGCAUCCGGCGACUCCUCCUGUCCCUCUCUCCACCUCCCUCUUCUCCCUCGCCCCAUCUCCUCUUCUUCUCUUUUUCUCCGAGCAGCAGCAGCAACCGCGGACAGCAGCAGCUCCGUCGAGGACGGCAGCAGCAGCGCCAACAACUCCAACGCCCAUCGAACCUCCGACUGGCGAAAACUCCGCUACAUCGACUCAACGUAGCGAGCAAAGAAGCAGCCGCCAGACGCCGCUGCAUUUCCUCCUUAGGCGAGCUUCGAAAUUCAACAAACCACUUGUAUAUUUUGAUGCAUUGCCUGAGAUUCUGUGGAAUUGGUGAUGACAAAUGAACCAACUUCUAGAAGAGACAAAGAAUCUUAUAACAAAAUGAACAAAAAUAGUUUUAGUAAUGUGAGAUGUCCACAUUGCGCCGGUCCUCUUUCUAAGGAGAUGGAGACAAGCGAGUGGACAGUUCCGCCUCUAAUCCGGGAUAGCUUUUCUAUGAUUGGUUCUGCAGUUGGUGGUACUACAAGUGCAUUCUAUGGCUUCAACCAUGUGAUGCCGAUUGUUAGAAGGUGGGUUAAAGGACCUAUGUGGUUGCAUUUCCUUGUUGGUGCUCCUCCUGUGAUUGUUUUCUCAUCUGCAUGUGCAGGGAUAGCAGGUGGUGCUGUUCCAGCAUUUACACAGCUAGCAUCUUCUUCUUACCACGCUGCGAUCUCAUCUUCCACAUUACCACCUACAGCCUCACAAGAUGAAAACAUGAGAAAGUCUACAACUUCUUCAACUUUAUAGCUAAAACACCAAGAGGAGAUGUUUUUACUAUCAGGAUUCCUGCAUUUUGCGGUAUCAUCUCUUAAUUUGCAACAGUCUGUUCUCUCCUGUUUGCUAGCUCCCGUUGUGUGAUGGAUUUUUUUUCCUUUAAAAAUAUAUUACUUGUUCAUGUAGUGAGUUUGUUUAUUUUUUGUAAAUUCAAACCUUAAUAUAUCAGUGAUAGUAUAAAUUUUACACAGUUUUUUUGAGGAA